CCCCAGCCCACUGACGACAUGCAAAAACGCAGCAGCCCACCUUUUCCCUCCCGCCAGCUGCGCCGCUGCAACCUCUCCUCUUUCUCUGCGCCGCACUAACAAAACCACCACAACACAAGGAGGCGAAAAUCACCUGCUUUCUUUCCUUACCGUCUUCCUUUUCUUGCCCGCACGCGACACCGGGCCUGGAUUCUGGAUUAUAUUGCCCGUCGUAUAAUCUGAGCCUCUUUCUCCCCCGCAGACAAAACAUCAGAAAGCAUAUAGUCCGCUGCCUGCCCAGCCGGUCUGUUUUCUCUUUUGCUCUGUCUCGUCUCGCCUAGCCUCCCCUUCCCCUCUUCUCUGCGACACUGCAACCUUGGUUUCUUGCGUCAACCGGUAUCCUCUUUUACAUUCGAAAUCGGCUUCGACAUCCUCGGCUCGACAAGAAGAAAGAAGGAAUAUAAUCAAACGUCAAAAGGAAUUUCCUCUUUCUCACAAGAGCGACCUUUUUUCUCUUUUUUUUCUUUUGCCCCUCCUGCCCACGUCUAGCGCGAACGUAUCGCGCUGCCUUGUUAGUUUGCCAUGAAUGACGAACAGACCAUCGCAACCAUCCGCGAAAAGAUUAACCGCGAGAAUCUUAUUAUCAAUGCCGCCACUACUAUGCAGGGCCGCACGGACAACGAAGUCGUGCGGUCCAGGUGCGAUUCCCAGAUCAGAGACGCCCGCCGCAACCUGCAGUUCUUUGAAGAGAAGCUCCGCGAAAUCCAAAUGAGAAAGCUUGGCCAAGGCGUUCAGAACAUGGGGGUCGGUGACGGCCCUCCUCCACCACCCAAGGACUCCAACGAUAUGCAGUACAGCGCCAUCGGCGGCCACGGUGAUAUGAUGCCCUCAGGUCCCCCUUUCAACCCCCCGCCGCCUGGUCAGCCCGGCUUCACAACAGCAAAGCCAACCUUUACAAAGCUCGACCUGAUUAAAUAUGACACACCGUAUCUUGGCCCCCGCAUUCAGCUCAUGCUCUCCCAGCUGCAGUUCAAGCUCAACGUCGAAGAACAGUAUCUGAAGGGUGUCGACAAGAUGGUCCAAUUGUAUGGACUCGAAGGUGACAGAAAGAGCAAGGCGGAUGCCGCAGCUAGACAUGUUGAGAGCAAGCAAAAGAUUCUGCUACUCAAGCAAGCCCUCAAGAGAUAUGGCGAGCUUCAUAUUGAUAUGGAUAGCGCAGAUGCUACCGAUGACGACUCGAUAAACACACCCAACUUGCGAAAGCCUCUCAGCGGUCAGUUAGCUAUCCGCAUUGUUGCUAUCAAGGAUGUCGACCAUGCCACGACGGGCCGCUUCUCUCGCGGUCCCGAGACAUCCGUCUCUAUCAAGGUCGAAGACAACGUCAUGGGCCGCACCAAGACAUCCCGAAACGACCGAUGGGAGGGAGAAUAUCACGCCAUCGAUGUCGACAAGGCCAACGAGGUCGAGCUUACAGUCUACGAUAAGCCCGGAGAACACCCCAUGCCCAUUGCCAUGAUCUGGGUUCGCAUCUCCGACAUUGUCGAAGAAAUGCGUCGCAAGAGGAUCGAAGCAGAGAUGAGCAGCUCUGGAUGGGUUUCUGCCGACAGAAUGGGCAACAACGGACAGCCCCAGGGUGGCCAAUUUGGAGGCAUGGGUGGCCAGGGUCAGUAUGGCGGUGGUAACGGCGGCUAUCCCCAACCGGGAGCCGGCGGUCAGCCUCCAUACGGCGCUCCUGGUCCUCAGCCUCAGGUCAAUACUGGCCCGAUUGACGGCUGGUUCAACCUCGAGCCUGCCGGCCAAAUCCAGCUUCAGCUCAGCUUCAUCAAGCAGAACAAGGAUCGCCGCCAGGUUGAUGUUGGUCUCGGCCGCAAAGGCGCUGUUCGCCAGCGCAAGGAGGAGAUCCACGAGAUGUACGGUCACAAGUUUGUCCAACACCAGUUUUACAACAUUAUGCGCUGUGCCCUCUGCGGCGAAUUCCUCAAGGCUUCAGCCGGUAUGCAGUGUGAAGACUGCAAGUACACAUGCCACACCAAGUGCUACCCCAGCGUUGUCACCAAGUGUAUUUCCAAGAGCCACGGCGAGCAAGAUCCCGACGAGGAGACGAUCAACCACCGUAUCCCACACAGAUUCCAAGCCUUCGCCAACGUCACCGCCAACUGGUGCUGCCACUGUGGAUAUAUCCUUCCUUUGGGCAAGAAGAACUGCCGAAAGUGCACAGAAUGCUCUCUCACUUGUCACGCCAACUGUUCACACCUGGUACCCGACUUCUGCGGCAUGUCUAUGCAGGUGGCCUCUACGAUUUUGAAGAAUCUCAAGGGCAUCCAAGGUGGAAGCAAGGUCACCAAGAUUGAGGGCAAAACGCUGCGCCCCGGUGCUAGUAACCGCCGCAGCAAUGCCACUCCUUCGCAACCCCAGCUUGCACCAUCAACUAAUGAGGCUGCUGAGGCUGCCCGGGUUAUGUAUCAGAACCAGCUUCAGCAGCAACAGCAGCAGGAUCACCGCAUGUCCCAACAAUCCCGUCCUGUGCCCGCGCGCGUCCCGUCUGAUAAUCACAGCCCAACAGCUGCAGCUGCAGCCGCAGCCGCCAUGACUGGUCUUUCUGGGCAGCAACAACAGCCGCAGCAGCAGCAGCGACCAAACCAGCCAUAUGGAUACGGUGGUAACUCACAAUACCAACAACCACCACAGACCACAUAUAACCCUAGUGACUAUGCUCGCGUCGAUAACGCCUACAGCCAGCCUCCACAGCCAGCCCAGCGCCCGGCCCCGGCCCAGGCUCCGACACCGACGUCCGCUGCUCCUCCUACACUCCCGCCAAUGUUCCCUCCUGCCAAUGCUGGUGCCAGACCUGACCACCAGGCUCCUCCGGCAUCCUCGGCCAACGCGAUGCCUGUAGCCCGCAAGUCCGAUCUUCCGUCGGCAACAGACUCUGGCACAGGCAUGCGCAUUGGCCUCGACCAUUUCAACUUCUUGUCCGUCUUGGGUAAGGGUAACUUUGGCAAGGUCAUGCUUGCAGAGACGAAGCGAUCAAGAAGACUCUACGCCAUUAAGGUUCUGAAGAAGGAGUUCAUCAUUGAGAAUGAUGAAGUGGAAAGCAUGAAGUCAGAGAAGCGUGUCUUCUUGAUUGCCAACCGCGAGAGACAUCCUUUCUUGACAAACUUGUCAGCCUGUUUCCAGACCGAGACCCGUGUAUACUUUGUUAUGGAGUACGUCAGCGGUGGUGAUCUGAUGCUUCACAUUCAACGCGGCCAAUUUGGUGCCAAGCGAGCCCAAUUCUACGCCGCCGAAGUGUGCUUGGCCCUCAAAUACUUCCACGAGAACGGUGUCGUUUACCGAGACUUGAAGCUUGACAACAUCAUGCUGACACCCGACGGCCACAUCAAGGUUGCUGAUUAUGGUCUGUGCAAGGAGGAGAUGUGGUACGGAUCCACGACCGGCACGUUUUGCGGUACGCCCGAGUUUAUGGCGCCCGAGAUUCUGCUGGACAAGAAGUACGGCCGGGCUGUCGACUGGUGGGCGUUUGGCGUGCUUAUCUACCAGAUGUUGCUGCAGCAGUCGCCAUUCCGUGGUGAGGAUGAGGACGAAAUCUACGACGCCAUUCUGUCCGAUGAGCCGCUCUAUCCCAUCCACAUGCCGCGCGACUCGGUAUCCAUCCUGCAGAAGUUGCUUACGCGCGAGCCCGAUCAACGCCUGGGUAGCGGCCCUACUGACGCCCAGGAAAUCAUGGACGAGCCCUUCUUCCGCACAAUCAACUGGGAGGAUAUCUACUACAAGCGCAUUCAGCCUCCCUUCCUACCAACCAUUAAGAGUGCUACUGAUACUAGCAACUUUGACUCUGAGUUUACGAGUGUUACGCCUGUUCUUACACCCGUUCAGUCUGUUCUCUCGCAAGCCAUGCAGGAAGAGUUCCGCGGCUUCUCCUACACUGCCGACUUCCAAUAGCGAGCCUGACAUUAUCCGAGAUUGCGUUUUUCGUUUUGCUUUGUUUCGUUAUUUUCCUUUUUGUGUAUCCAUUGUCCAAAUGUAGUCGUUGUUUUUGGACUAGAAAAGCUAUCAACUACCCCAAUGGUUUGUGUGUGUGUGUGUGUCAUGGAGGGCGACCUAGAAAAUUAUAAUGCUGACGGGGGUUCGGGGACGAGUGAGUGAGUGAUGAGAAGCAUGAUUUUAUGAAGGGGAUGAGGUGCAUAAUAGCAGAGCGGGUGCAGGGGACGCAUACUACAUGAUGAUGAAUCUAUUAUUGAAGUUUUAACCUCGAUCUGUUCUGCCACUGAGUGAUUGACUAUAAAGGAUAGAGACCUGUCUCGUGACAUACAAGUGUCAUUAUCGUUUACAUACACAAUGAGCAAUGCUGCACCAGACAGAGUUAUUGUAUCGUUUGACAAUUUUUUUGUUCAAUUUGGCUGUUUAUAUAAAUCUACUCUCUCCACCUCUAGGGACUCGUGGAGGCCGUCCACCAUAGCGAUAUGGGAUUAGUUGGUGUACUCCUUCUGGAGCAGCUUGGCAAUGGUGUUGAGCUGGAUGUUGGAAGUGCCUUCGUAGAUGGCACCGAUCUUGCUAUCACGCCAGAACUUCUCGGCAAGACCCUCACGGACAAAGCCCAUACCACCCAUCCACUCAACAGCGAGGCCGGAAACGCGGCCGGCAACCUGGGAAGCGUAGAGCUUGGCCAUGGCGGCGUCACGGACAAAGUCCUCACCAGCCUCCUUCUUGCGGGAGGCGUUGUAGACGAGAGCACGGGCGGCGGCAAUCUCAGUGUAGCUCUGGGCAAUCUGGUGCUGCAUGCCCUGGAACUCACCAACAAGGGAGCCGAACUGCUUGCGGUCGUUCCAGACGUACUUGACGGCGUUCUCGAAGGCGCCGAGGGCAAGACCGGUCAUCUGGGCGGCAAUACCGAUACGACCCUCGUUGAGAAGGGAGAUGGCGUACUUGUAGCCGUGGCCGCGCUCGCCGAGCAGGUUCUCCUUGGGGAUGACGACGUCGUCAAAGUUGAGGACGCAGGUCGAGGAGGCGCGGAUGCCGAGCUUUUUCUCCUUCUUGGCAAUGGAGAAGCCGGGGGUGCCCUUCUCGACAACAAAGGCAGUGAUGCCCUUGUAGCCCUUGGAGGGGUCGAGGUUGGCAAAGACGAUAAAGACCUCGGCCUCCAUGGAGUUUGUGAUCCACAUCUUGCUGCCGGAGAUCUUGAAGCCGUCGGCGGUCUCGGUGGCCUUGGUGGCCAUGGCGAAGGCGUCGGAUCCGGAGACGGGCUCGGACAGGCAGAAGGAGCAGACGGUGUUGGUGGCGAGCUUGGGCAGCCACUUCUUCUUGAGGGCCUCGGAGCCGUACUUGAUAAAGGCGGUGUUGCAGAGGGUGUUGUGCACGUCGACCAUGACGGAGACGGAGGGGUCGGCGCGGGCCAGCUCCUCAAUGCCGAUGAUGGCAGAGGUGAAGGACAUGCCGGCGCCGCCGUACUCCUCGGGGAUCUCGAUGCUCAUGAGGCCCUGCUCAAACAGCUGCUCGACAAUGACGGGGUCCAUGGCCUCGGCCUCGUCCAUCUCGCGCGCGCGGGGGAGCACCACUUCGCUGGCAAACUUGGACACGGCCUCGGCCAUGGCCGCCUCCGUCUCGGAAAGGUGAGUGAUGGGCGUGGGAGGGAUCUCGGAGAUGUCUACGGGUGUGGCGGACAUGCGGGCUGCGGUGGUGGAGAGAGGGCGGCUGGAGAAUGAGUGUUAGCAAUUAAAGGGCAGGGAAGCAAUGUAAUCGUUUUAGGAUAGGGAAUAAAGCAAACUUACGCAGCGGCGCGGGCGACGGAGACGCCUCCGCGGGCAGCCAUGGGAGCGGCAGCGGCAGCUCGGGGAGCAGCAACGCGGGCAGCCGCCAUGGCAGGGCGGAUUGCUCUGGUGAACCUGGAAGACAUGAUGGCGUGUGUGUGUAUGCGCGGAGAGGACGCGGAUUGAUGUUCCUGGAGAAAAGGAAAAAGAAGGAAGCCGUGAAUGCGGAAGAGAGGAAAAAGAAGAGAAAACGCCGGUUGGAGCGAGUGAGCUUAAGCCGGCGGCAGUGCAACGGGUAGGCCUUGGUGGGGAAAACUAAAGCCGAGCAAAAAGAGAAAGUGUGGAGUUGCCGAGGGAUUCUGGGGAAUUGGGCGGCCGGGUUUGAUGCUGUGUAGGAGCAAUUGGGGCGAUAUAAUUGGGUUUUCUGGUGAUGAAGAUGCUGACGUGGAAGCAACGAAGAAAAAAAAAGUGCGUGUGGCUUUUGGACAAGGGGAAAAGAGGGGGAUGCAGCUAGUUGGCACAACAAGAUGAGAGAAGGGUAAGGGAAG